ACGCGGCUACCUAGGUGGAGCAGGCGGCUGGCGCGAGACCAGGAAUACUCAGGACCCCCUGGCUCGCGCACCCAGAGCCAGGGCCGCGGCCCCCGCCUUUCCCGCAGCCUUCUGGCAUUCGGUGCCGGCCCCGCGAGGCCAGCGGCUGCUCGCUCCGGGGUCGUUGCUGUUUGUGCAGUGAGCGCCGCCCCACCAUUGUCCCGGUCGCUCUGUCAACAGCGCCGGGCCGCGCACCAGGAGGCUAGGGCGCGCAUGGGGAGCCUGCGUUGAUGCUGUCGCCGCGCGGCCCUCCUAGGCUGCGUCCCGGGAAGCCCGGCUACCCGAGCACUCCGGCCUGGCUCGGCGUCCCGGACCUGAGUGCGUUCCCAUGGAGGCGCGCGGGCUAGGCCAGGAGGCCGCAGCGGCGAACAUCGCCCGAGAGGUGGCGGAGGAGACCCCCGACUGGGUGCCCGCGCUCUGCCCUAGCUCCGAGGCGCGGUCGCUGGAGCCGCCUGCCUACCGCCUGCAGGACUUCGACACGCUGGUCACCGUGGGCACUGGGACGUUCGGGCGGGUGCACCUGGUGAAGGAGAAGACAGCCAAGCAUUUCUUCGCUCUCAAGGUGAUGAGCAUUCCCGAUGUCAUCCGCCUGAAGCAGGAGCAGCACGUGCACAAUGAGAAGUCUGUCCUGAAGGAAGUCAGUCACCCGUUUCUCAUCAGGCUGUUCUGGACGUGGCAUGACGAGCGCUUCCUCUACAUGCUCAUGGAGUAUGUGCCGGGCGGGGAGCUCUUCAGCUACCUGCGCAACCGGGGGCGCUUCUCCAGCACCACAGGGCUCUUCUACUCUGCGGAGAUCAUCUGUGCCAUCGAGUACCUGCACUUCAAGGAGAUCGUCUACAGAGACUUGAAGCCGGAGAACAUCCUGCUGGAUAGGGAUGGCCACAUCAAGCUCACGGACUUUGGAUUUGCCAAGAAGCUGGUAGACAGGACUUGGACCCUCUGUGGAACACCCGAGUACCUGGCCCCGGAAGUCAUUCAGAGCAAGGGCCACGGAAGGGCCGUGGACUGGUGGGCCCUCGGCAUCCUGAUAUUCGAGAUGCUCUCGGGGUUUCCUCCGUUUUUUGAUGACAACCCGUUUGGCAUUUAUCAGAAAAUUCUUGCAGGCAAAAUAGAUUUCCCCAGACAUUUGGAUUUCCAUGUAAAAGACCUCAUUAAGAAACUGCUUGUGGUUGACAGAACAAGGCGAUUAGGAAACAUGAAGAACGGGGCAAAUGAUGUGAAACGCCAUCGGUGGUUCCACUCUGUGGACUGGGAAGCUGUUCCGCAGAGAAAACUGAAGCCUCCCAUCGUGCCCAAGAUAGCUGGCGACGGUGACACGUCCAACUUCGAAACUUACCCCGAGAAUGACUGGGACACAGCCGCGCCCGUGCCGCAGAAGGAUUUAGAAAUCUUCAGGAAUUUCUGAGGUCAGGAGCUCACAUCUGGAAGAAACAGGAAGAUUGGAAUCGGCCUGGAACAAAGAACUGCACCUAAGCAGACCGGAAGUAAAAUGUCUUUUUCACGGCAUAAGGACAUUUCCACUUUUCUGUGUACCUGUGUGUAUAGAAAUAGAUCAGAGCACAGUUGAAAUUAAUGGAACUGACAUUAUUUAAGCAACUGGAAUUCCACACUGUAGGAAGGUUUAGAAAAUUGUUUGAUUGUAGAUUUUGUCUUAUCCUUUAGUGUUGUCUUGGUUUUUCUCAUAGACUUUAUAAGUUUGAACUGGACUCAUUCGAUUAUAACCAUAAAUUGUGUGUGUGUGUAUAUAUAUAUGUAGAAGUCAUUAUGGCAGAUGCAUACAAAUUGUGCAAUGAUGUAAAUAUUCAUACUUCACAGAGCCUGUAAUUUUUAUUUUUCAAUUUGGUUUUUCAAAUUUUCUUCUCUUGGGGACAACAUCUGAAGGGUAUGUUGCAUGCAUUUUUUUAAAAAUCAUCUCAUAUGCAUUUUAUAGUUUGGGGGAAGAAAAUAUCUGGGGGGUGGGAGGUGUCUACAUUCAGUAUCUUCAGUGCCUCCUACCUAGUAAUGUGUUUCUCCUUUAAAAGGAGAAACAUGGAGAAGAAGAUGUGGGAGCGAAUUUAUUCCAGGAAUCUACAAUGACUUUGAAAUUGUUGGAGCAGUGUACUGUAUUCAAAAAACCUGUGUCACAUUCAAAAAUUUCAUCUGGGCUAGGUGCAGUGGCUCGUUCCUGUAGUCCCAGCACUCUGGGAGCCUGGGCUGGGAGGAUUGCUUAAGACCCGGAGUUUGAGACUGGCCUGGGCAACAUAGUGAAACCUUGUCUCUACAGAAUUUACAAAGAUUAUAAAAAUUAGUCGGAUGUGGUUGUGCAUACCUGUAGUCCCAGCUAUUCAGGAGCUGUGGUAGGAGGAUGGCUUGAGCUCAAGAGGUUGAGGCUUCAGUGAGCUGUGAUUGUACCACUGCACUCCAGCCUGGACGACACAGCAAGACCCUGUAUUAAAAAAAAAAAUUCAUCCUGCACAGGUAAAUGGCUACCUAUUAAAGUCCCAGUUGAAAUGUUUUGAACAAAAUACACCUCCCAUACUUCCCAAAUAACUUUUAAGAUCAGUUCACCUGUAAGGCUGACCUUUAUGCAGAUAUUUUAUUUCACCUGUAGCUUUGGGAAAAGCGACAAACAGAUGAUCUAUGGGACGUGAGUAAGUGGCAGAAUUGAAAGGAACCUCACCUGUUUCUAAUUUCUCGUAAAUGUUCAUAUUGAGUGUGCCUAAUAAUCUUCCUCAGUAGCUCAUGCUGUUUUAUGCGGAAUAAUCCAGGAGUGAGAGUCAUCUCUUGGGAAGUGAUUGGGGAGACACCCCGAAGGAGCAGCCUCCAGCUAUUCUUCUCUGGGUGUUGAUGUCAUGACAGCCAUACAGUGAGUUUGUCCUGAAACAUCUCUCGCUAAAUGUGGGUCAUGCUAGACACAGCAUAAACUGCGGGCGUGGGAUCUUGCUUUGUAAGUAACUCAUUUUUUUCCUUGCUUUUUCUCUGGACCAUCCUGGCUCAAAACUUGGCUGUAGACAUCUGAACAGGGUGCACCUUUUCUUUUUACUCUGACUCAGCUUAAGUAUGGCAUUGCUCAAAUCUGCUGUGUAUGAGGUCGCAGGGCCCAGCUGUGGCAGGAGUGAGUAGACUUAGAGCCUUCCAGGAAUUCUUCGUUGACAACAGGGAUACACUCAAGACCUCCAAUACUUUCUUCUCCACCUCUUCUUUUUCUCAUGUCCUGCUUUCAUCUGUCUCCUUCUGCACCCAGAGUGGGGGUGGAAUGUGCCCUUGCCAUGUUUUGGUGAAAAUGUGUGCAAUGAGAAGACAGUUGGGUUCCCCCUGGCUCCUUAUCUCUUCUCAAAACUCAAUAGCUCAGGUUCUCUGGAGCCGUCAGUGCAUUCCUUGCUAUUGGAGCUGUUUUUUCAAGCAGUACCUGCGAAGAUAUUUCUCCCUCUAGCACUUGCUACCUCUCUUCUGCACACACAUCACACAUCUAGUACGGUGGAGAGUGUCUAUUAGGAAAAGCCAUUCAGUUAUUUAAAAGUAGAGAACUGUCAAGAGAAAUGUAAUCAGAUUUGGCCAGAGUUCGCCUACAAAUAAGAAGGCACUGGGUCAAGCUCACGUCUGUAAUCCUAACACUUUGGGAGGCUGAGGUGAGAGGACUGCUUGAGCCCAGGAGUUCAAGACUAGUCUGGGGACACCUCAUCUCUACAAAAUACAAAAAAAUUAGCCGAGCAUAGUGGAGCAUGUCUGUAGUCUCAGCUACUCAGAAGGCUAAGCUGAGAGGAUCACUUGAACCCAGGGAAGUCCAGGUUGCAGUGAUCUGAGAUAGCACCGCUGCCCACCAGCCUGGGUGACAGAGUGAGACCCUGUCUUCUCCCUCCACACACACACACAAACACCCAAAAAACCUCAGUGGCUUUUUGCUUUUGAAGAUGGCAUGAAGAGAACGUACACUUUAAAGCUUUAAAAGACAGUGAAGCUGAUUGUGGUAGUUCACUCUUAUAAUCCUAGGAUUUGGGGAAGCUGAGGCAGGAAGAUUGCUUGAGCCUGGGAGUUUGAGACUGGCCUGGGUAGCAUAGCGAGAUCCCAUCUCUAUAAAAAGAAAAAAAAAUGUUAAAACACAGUGAAAUUGCAGAAACAGAACAUUGCCACUGUUUUUCAUCAGUGACCUUUUCUUCACGUGGCGGUUUACUCAGUAGGUGAGAAAAUUAGUAGGUUCAGUAGAAUAAAGUCUUUACAAUUAGUCAGUCAGUGGAAAAUGAUGUUCAGAUGGUGAAAUGUGGAAAUGUUUUAGACAACUGUAUUUUCAGUCUGUGCGUCUCACUCACCAUCUUGUUGGGAUUAACAGUUGAGGGCCAUCAUUGUCUAAACAUAUAGCAUGCAGUUUCCCAUCAGUUUCACCGUGAAUGUGAAAAGGUGAAACUGGUGCUGACGUCGGCAGCAGGUAUACUAAAAUUGGAAUGACACAGAGGAGAUUAGCAUGGCUCCCUUUGCAAGGAAGAUCCGUAUAUUCAUGCAGCAUUCCAAAUUUUUUUUUUUUUUUAAAAAGGUUAUACUGUGCACUGAGAUGUGGAGCUAGAAGGAAAAGCAUUAGGUCUUAUGUUUGCUGACUAUAAAAAUAAAUCAUAGUAAUAUUAUUGAACAUUCUACUUUAAAAAUUAUUAAUAAAACCAUAAAUGAAACACUUGAGCACAUUUUAAAAAGUACAUAGACCCAUGAGUCCAUAUGCCUAUUUUUAGGUUGUCUGUUUUAUUAUCCAGGAUUUCAUACUCAGAUGAAAAUUAGCAUCAGGAAAGCCUGAAAUGCCUUAAUUGUGAGCUGAUAUGCAGGAAAAUGAAAUAUGCAAGCACAUGGAUGACCUCGUUCUUUACGGACAUUGUUAUCAGCCUCUAGCCAUACAGAACAAAUGAGAAAUUAGAAGCAAUUCCAAGAACGUGUGAUGGUGUGAAACCCACUUUUGACCGUCAUGCACAUUUCAGCAUUUGAAGUGACACGGGCUACCUGGUAACUGCCCAUGGCGGGGUCAUAGUUUAAAGGGCCCAGUGUCAUGUAGAGGUUAAUUUAAUCAAAAUUAGCUAAAACAUGGAACAAUCACUAUUAAUGAUUUAAAAAGAGUUUACCUGGCAGAGCGCUGUGUCUCAUGCCUGCAAUCCCAGCACUUUGGGAGGCCCAGGGAGGCAGAUCACCUGAGGUCAGGAGUUUGAGACCAGCCUUGCCAACAUGGUGAAACCCUUGUCUCUACUAAAAACACAAAAAUUAGCCAGAUGUCGUGGCACAGGUCUGUAGUCCCAGUUACUAUGGAGACUGAGGCAGGAGAAUAUGGAACUUGGGAGGGCUGCAGUGAACCAAGAUUGUGCCACUGCACUCCAGCCUGGGCAAAGGAGCGAGACUGCAUCUCCCAAAAUAAAAAUAGUUGACCUGGGUGGAUUUUGCAACAUUUUUGCAUAGAUGGUCCUGUGAAACAAUCACUGUGCAAAAUGUGGAGGAAAAUUCAUUACAAUAAUCACAUAAUUUUGUAUCAGAGAAACAUUACAAAUUUACUUUGCUUAUGUAAUUUUAUGAGUUGGAAGUAUUUUCUUAAAUUGGAAUACUGUAAGAGAAUAUCUUUAAGAAAUGGAUAUGUUACAACAAGAAGUAUAUUGGGGCAAGUCUUGUUUUUCUGAAGGGAAAUGCCACCAGCCUGCUUUCAUAGGCAUUCAUAAAGCCUGGAAGGAAAUAAAGUCAAACAAAAUAGUAUACAUUGUAUCUACUGAAUUCUUCUAAUUCUUUGCAACAGAAGUCUAAAUCCUGCUUAGCUUAAACAUAUCUAUAGCCAGCAAUGGGCAAAUUAUAUUUGCUGUCAGCAUGAUAGAAUAAGAAGCAGAAACCACCCAGCAGUGGGGUAAGAUUGCACGCUUCGUCCCCUCAAAAUGCUGUUCAGCCCCACUCUCUCUCCGUGCCCAUCAAACAACUGCACAAUCACUUGUUUGUGAAUUUUUCAUUCAGCUUUUUGUUUCUUUCUGUCCAUACUUAAAGACCAAAUCAUUUGUUUGUUUUGAAGAAAAAGCAAAAACAAGAGCAAAAACACCAAAUCAUUUGAAAUCACUACUCAUUAAAAAAAAUCACCAGUGGAACCAAACAGUUGAGUGGUUCGUGAUGUGUUCGCCAUUUCUGUGUUUGACCUACGUGGCCUCUAGUUCUUUGGACCAUUGUAACUCAUGUGAAACUAUGGCUUAAUACUGUUAAAGACCCCAAGGCUCAACUCUGUAGCCAGGGUGCACCUCAGGCUGCACAAAUACCACACCAGAAUGUCAUAGGCAUUCAUGGCUCCACCUACUGAGUGAACAGAGUGCAAGACAGCACUGGCUUGGGUUUUAUUUUUGUAGCCAGUUAACUUUGCAUCAGGUCUACACAGUCCUUGCAGCCUUUGAUUUCUCCUGUUGUAGAGAUUUGAAAUGGGGUGCCCGGGUUCCUCUCAUCUUUCCUUCAAUCUACCUAGCAUGCAUUUUACACACAUUGGAGGAGUCGUAUGCACUGUUUUUUUCUCUGUUGCUGACGGAGGCAAGAAGGCCUUCUAAUUAGUCUAACUUAAAGGAAUGGGAUUCACUUAACAAAAGCAAGAAGAAAAGCACAUGAACAGGUGUCUUAAUGCAUUUCGAUAGUUUCUUGGGGCGGGGUGUGUGUCUUGGUGAAGGUGGGGGGGGCUGUAUUUUCACCAAGCUUUUUCAUAAUCAAGUUUGCUUUGCAAACCUUAUGGCCUUGCACCCCGCAGAAGAGUCCUUCCUAAUAACAGGGGAAUGCCCUGUCAGGUUCUCUGUAAAUUAUUGUGUGUCGGGAGGUUCUGUUGAGGCUUAGUUUGAUCUUCCAUGGUGGACACGUCUGUUCUGUAUGUAAAAGGCAUUACAAUUGUGUUCUAGCGGAUGGGAUUUGAAGCCUUUCCACGGUCCUUAUCCUGUGAGAUGGCUGUUGAGCUCUGCUCAGCUGUUGUAGCUGAAUUCUUGUUUUGCGCUGAACAUUGGGCGGCCUCACCGUGUUGCCACCGUGCUUCUGGGGCCCUGUGACUGCCGCCGGAUGCCGCACACACAAGCAGAGUGCCUUUGCAGGUUUGUGCACCCCUUGGCGAGCCAGAACUGGGAACCCCGUGGGGUGACCCCACCUUCUCAUGGCGGGUCGGGGAGGGGAGUGCCUAUUUUUAAUCCUGUCUGUUUGUUGCACAAUGGAAAUCACUGUGAUUUGUACAUAUGCCCUAGGAAAAUUUUACUGCUGUCUAAUUUAUGUAAUAAUACUGUUGAUUCCAGGUUUGUUUAAUAAAAUUUUUUAUCUUUUCAGAA